GCGUCCCGCCAUUAACCCCUGCCAUAUCGCAGCAUCCAUCUAUUGCAAUGUUCAACACUGCGUACUAGUAAUAGCCACGAGCUAAGGGUGUAGGUGAAGUGUGCAAGACACAUCGUCGCAAAUCGGCAUCGGGAUAAUGGGAGAGACAGGCACCAAGGUGGAGGUCAAGACGGCCGUGUACAAGGUGCACGUCCACUGCGGGCAGUGCGCGCGCGACAUCGAGACGCAGUUCACCGAGUUCAAAGGGGUCGAAGAGGUGAAGUUGGACGCUGGGGCAGGGAAGGUGACCGUGAAGGGCUUCGGCUUCGACGUCGAGAAGCUCAGGGUGAAAGUCGAGAAGGGCUGCCGGAAGAAGGUCGAGCUGAUUCCUCCACCGAAGGACAUUAUCACCGAGAUCAAGACCAAGGAAGAGGUGCUGAAGGUCAUAACAGUAAAGGUUCCGUUGCAUUGCCCCGAGUGUGCAGUCAGGGUCAAAGAGAUUCUGCUUGAGCACAAGAGUAUCUACGAGGCCAAGACGGACCUCGGAAAGAACACGUGCGUCGUCGAGGGCGUCAUCAACGAGGAGAAGCUCGUCGAGUACAUCUACCAGAGGACGCGCAAGCACGGCUCCAUCGACAAGGUCGAAACGAAGGUGAUCAUCAAGGAGGAGAAGGUCGAGGUGAAGAAAGAGAAGGAGAAGUUGGGGAAGAAGAAGGAGAUCGUGAAGGAGGUUGUCGAGGCCGUCAAGGAGAAGGUCACGGAGGUUGUCGCCCCCUACUUCAUCCCCUGCACGCACCCGCACUUCGUCGACUACUCGCACCCGUGGCACCGCCGCGGCGGCCACUGCUCGCCUUACCCGUACUAUGGUGACGGCUGCGGGAACCCGUAUUAUGGUGUCAGCUACACGCACUCCGAGCUCACAGGCUACCAUGACACAGCGUUCUUGCAUUGCGCACACCCCAAUGAGUUCAUCAGCGACGAGAACCCGUAUGCGUGCUCUGUGAUGUAGAUUAUUGGCAGGUGAAUUCAUGUCGAAUGAUGUUACAAUAUUUAACAAUAAGAACAGUACCAAUGGCUAGCUUAAAAUUUGCUCCAGUUCAGAAUCGUUUAGCUUGCAUGCAUUAUGUAUGGUCGUAUGCUCCAAAACUUGGUCGUCCAACUAAAUCUUUCAGGCUUUCAGGAUCAAAUGUUUUACUGGCUGGCACCCACAAAAUGUGUAAUUAAGCACGCCUUAAUGAGAAAUGCUUGGAUACUGAAC